GCGAAACGACACCAUCCUAUCUCGAAUCGUCAAAAUUCAUCGUUUUCCCCCAAAUCUCAAGAACCCUAAAGAAAAGUUCCGGUUUUACGUUCGAGAAUGGGCGGCCAUGAAGCGGUGGAGGUUGCCAAGACCGUCCUCGAAGUCGCCGACGUCGCAUGGACCGCCUUGGAAUGGCACCACCAUCACCAUCACGACGAUACUCCCAGAAAUAAUGAGAACUCCGAUCUUGAAAAAGAAUUUGAAAUCCUAAAAUCGGAAAAUCGACGUUUAAGAAAUCAGCUUGAACAGAACCUUAAACUUCUCCAUAAUCUAUCUGAAUAUCCUGCUCUAUUAAACGAUUGUCCUCCUGACCUCCAAGCUCGGUUGACGUCUACCGUAGAUUCUAAAGACUUCUUGACCCGGCUCAAAUCACUUAACGAAUCCAAUACUAAAAUUGAGUUUCCAUUCAAGGAAGCUACAGGAGGUGAUAUACAUUCAGCUGAAGUUCUGAUUAAUGUUGACCAAAAAGAACCAAGUUGGUGGAUAUGGGUAACUGAUGAAAUGGUUCCAAGCAAUGUUGAAGAGUGGAGUGGAAUUGAUGAUGAGAAUUACGUUGUUGUUAGUGAAGAGCAUGUUGUGGAUGGGGUAGCUAACUUCAUGGCAAAAUGCAUAUUGUCGAACCCUAAAGCUCAGACUUUGACCCCAGAAGAACUGCAGAAAACUCUGCUGAAAGCAUUAGGAGGUGUCAGCAAAUUGGAGAAGGUUUUGAGCAUUUGGCAUGCUGGAAAGUUGUUCUAUACGUUGUCAACAUGGGGACUUACACUGGCUGGGUUAUAUAAGAGCCGUACCAUAUUGAAGCUUGCUGCAAUGGGCAUUAAUACAACCGGCAAAGUUGCAAUGAAAGCUCUAUGAAUGAAUUUAACUGAUGUACCAGUAUAGCAGAGAAAAAGUCUCUGAAGUGAUGUGACGUUUGGUUUUUCAUGUCAAUGUUGGUGUGAACUGUAAAUGUUGUAA